AUCAUGACCCCUGGGGGUAGGGCGUGGCCAAAAUGGCCGACCAAAGUUUUACAUAGAAAUAUAUAGGGAAACCUUUUUAAAUCUUCUUUUCAAGUACUUCAAAGCCAGGAUUAGUUAUAUUUGUAUGGAAUCAUCCUCAGGUAAUGUAGAUUCUAGUUCGUUCAAAUUAUGAUCCCCUUGGGGGUUAAAAUUCAAGCCCUCCCCCCAACUUAAGUUAACUUUCAGUUCUGAUCUGAUAUGUGUUUUUUCCUAGCUGAUGUGCUCAGGUGAGCGCUGUGGCCCCUGGGCCUCUUGUAAUGAAAAUUCUUUGCAAUAGUGAUAAAUUCUAUUUGAAGUCUAGUUUUUAACGAUUUAUGUAAUGAAAUGUCUUCCUCUCUCUAUGUAGAAUAUUGUCGCUGUGAUACAAUGGGAACUAAGAACGGCACUUCUGAGUGUAAGACACACCAUUACGGAACCCUGACCCUGUCCCUGUGUGAUUGUAAGGAGGGGUACUCAGGGAUGUACUGUCAGAUCUGUAGACCUGGAUAUUACCGCCUGGCUCCCAACUUGCCCUGCUUCAGGUGCCCAUGUGAUGCAGAAAGGAGUGACGGAAAUUGUCAUUUCGAGGAGGGGUACCUGUUUUGUGACACUUGUAAGGAGGGAUAUGGGGGCAAUCUGUGUCAGGCCUGUGCUGCAGGUUACUAUAGGCCUCAUAUGAGCACAAGAUGUACCCAGUGCAACUGCCACGGAAAUGCACAGUUCUGUCAAGAUAGCACAGGAGAAUGCAUUGGCUGUAUGAGCCACACAGCAGGGUUCAAUUGUAACAGGUGUGCUCAUGGGUAUGUCGGUAAUGCUCAGGGUCAUAAACAUCCAAAGUGUGUAGAUCCAUCAGAACUUCGAAUGCAAGCGGAGAAGAGUUCCCUGAGUUCUGGAGUGAUUGCAGGAAUAUGUGUAGGUGUCAUCAUCUUCAUCGGAAUCAUCGCUGGAAUCAUCAUCUACAAGCGAUGCUGGAACUACCCAGCAGCCCGGCCGUUCUGGACCGUGGAGCUUAAAGAUGAUCAUGAAGGCAUCAACUUCAGCAGCAUACCUGAAGACGAGCUGGUGGCCAUCACAGCUCGAGAGGAGGAGGAGUUUUACCGAGGCCAGAGUGGGAGGACAAGUAAAUCACGCUCACAGCCGUACUCACAACUCCGAGAAGACAUCUGAUUACCUCAGAGGACAAAUAGAGGACCUCAAAUUAUAUUACCUUAGAGGAUAUCACACAUUCCAAGAACAACAUGCAAGAGAAUUCAGUGGUUGUAGACAAGAAAAACUUACUCUUAUCUAACUUUCUGAUGUAGUUAGUUCAAUGAACUUAUCAAAGGUGGCUUGCAUGUAUUUGUUUGGCAGAUAUUUAAAGACAUAGUUUAAUGCAUUGUCAAGCUGCAAGCUUUUAUAUAUUUUUCACCUGAAUAUAUGACCACUUUAUAUAUACUUUUAUGUUAAAAAUGUUAUAGUUGUAGAGUCAGUAAUACCUGAUUUUAUGAAUGUUGUGACUUAGCCUUUUAACGCUUUGCUUUUUAAGAAACAUCUGACAAUUAGUAUAGAAGAAGAUAUUCUAGUAGUUUAUUAGAAUUGUUUGCUAAUACUGCCUUCAUGAGUGUGCCUUUACACUGUUGUGAGUUCAAGUAGAUCUGGUUUUUAGUUAAAAUCUGAUAAAAAAAAAUCAUUGGGAUAGUUAGUAACAGAUGUAAAUUGCAUUGUAUUCAUCAGGUACUGAGGUUAAAACUUUAAAAAUAACAUAUAACUUAACUUCCUAGCAUUGAUUUGAAUCUUCUAUGAGAAAACAUAAAUUAAUUAAGUAAUUCUUGUAUUCUUUACUGGGCAAAUGAGAUAAAGUAUCGUUGAUACGUUAUAAUUUUUUAGAGAUAUCUCUCAUAACAAAGGACCCAGUGUUAGAAGUUUUGUUUGAGACAUAAAAUCAAACAAUGAUGAGGUUUAAAUGUAUUUUUGUAUCACUAUGGUAACCGCGGAACGAGGGAUACUAUACCUUUGCAUGUCUAUAACCCAUGGAUAUAUUCAUAUAUUUUAGAAAAUUUACAGGGUAUCUGUAGCUAAGAACAGAGUACAUGAAAGUGCUUGUUUGAUGCAAUUAUUUUUUCAUGUUCUUGAAAUUGUUUGGAUUUUUUUUUAAUUUUCCAGUUAUAUACAUGUACAUGUAUAAGUGGUCACAUGCAGUUUCAGAUUGUACAGUCUAGUCAGUUGUCAUUUUGUCUCAUGUCGGUGCAAAUUUUUUAAAGCUCACUAAGUUAUGACACAGAUUUCUAUAGAAAAAUAUUAGGACAAUGUUUUUUAAAAAUAUUUUUAAAAAUGACACAAACUUCUGACAAGUGAAUAAAAUGUACAGUUAAAUUAUGUCAGGCUUCCUGAGUACUUUCAAUCAUAAGAUGACAUUUAAGAUGGAAAGGGUGGGUGUUAGUCUGUGAUAGUAUAUAAUUCUGGAUGGUUGCUUUCUUCAUAUAAAUCAAAAGAUGUUUAGUAGAAUUAUUGACGUCUAUUCUGAUUUUUUUUUUAAUGUAAAUGGGGACCAAUAUAUGAUAGGGCAAUUUUAUUGAUUUAUUUAUGAUUAUUUUUCCAAGUUUACUCAUAAUUGUUGUACUUUUUACAAGAAAAUGUGUAUUCUUUUUUAUUGGUCUUUUUUAAUAUGCAUAUUUUUUUCAUAUAGAAAAGUAUCACAGGCACAGGCAUAUGGACCUUAUAACAUACAUGUGGGGUUUUUUAUUCUGAAAAAAAAAAAUCAUUAUUAACUUUUUUAAAGUAGAACCUUUAAAAUAAUGUUCUUGAAUAUUACAACAACAAAUAAAUCACAUGAAAACUCAGAUAUCUUUUAAAUUAUACCCCAGAUCGCUUUUCUCUUGCCAUACACGCAUGACAUUUACUAAAGAGGGGAGGUAAUUUUGAUAUAUAUUUUUUGGUAAUAAUAUUUAAUCGCUGUAAAUAUUAUAUUUGUAGUUGCUACAUGUUUAGAAAUAUUGCCACAGAUGGGGAAUGAUAUUAAUUCCUUUUAGAUUUUAUGUAUUGAGAAAAUAUCUAUAUUUAAGACCUUACUUGCAUAUCAUAUCAUGUUUCACUUAUUAUGAUAAGGAAACUAUAGCUAGAGGCAUUGUUGAUAUUAGGUUUUGUAUCACAUGUAAUACUGCUUAAUAUAUAAUUUGUUCUCAAUUCGAAAUACAUGUAAAUGGAAUAUUCAAAGAUAAAUGAUGGAUAGUUAAGCAAACUUCUUUUUAAGAGCUCGUGUUUCACAUUCAUAAACUCAGGUUGAGACAUAAACUUUAUCCUUUUUGAACUAAUUCUGAUUUUGAAAGUUUUUUAUUGUUCACUGGGUAAAUGUCAUUGAAAUCCACCUUUAAAAAAUCAUUUUUAUAAAUACAUGUUCCAUUUGUGAAUUGAAGUAUAUGUGCAUUUUUGCUCUCAAUGUAAAAAUCUAAAAUUGUUAAUUACAGUUCUGCUACAAUAGUGUUCAAACUUUGCAAGGAAUAGAAUAUGACUUGUGUAAAAUAAAAGAAAUAGUUCAAAUAUAUAUGUGCAUUUUUGCUCUCAAUUUGAAAUCUAAAUGUGAAAACUAAAAUUGCUAAUUUUAGUUCUACUACAAUAGAGUUCAGAUUUUGCAAGGA